AUGGACGUGGAACUCUAUGUCUACGACCUGUCAAAUGGCCUGGCACGCAUGUACUCAAUGUCCUUGACAGGGAUUCAGAUUGAUGCAAUAUAUCAUACAUCCCUUGUCUUCGGGGGAGUAGAGUACUUCUUUGGCCAAGGCAUUCAUAGAACUGUCCCGGGAACAACUCACCAUGGCCAGCCCAUGGAGAAGCUACAUAUGGGCCGAACAGAGCUGCCGAAUGAAGUCAUACAGGAAUACCUUGACUCGUUGGCGCAGAUUUAUACGCCCGAGUCGUACGACCUCUUCAUGCAUAACUGUAAUAACUUCACUCAAGAUUUGGCGAUGUUUCUUGUCGGGAAGGGCAUCCCCGAGCAUAUCCAGUCUUUGCCAAAGACAUUUUUGAGCACUCCCCUUGGACAGAUGCUACGACCACAGAUUGAUAGGGCAAUGCGCGGUAUUACCCAAGCAGACCCAGGCCAACAGAUACCUGCUCCGGCUGCUCACGUAUCGCGGACACCUCAGGAUUCUGCAGCAGCAGCCGCGCCCCGACUCAGAGGAUACGUUAGGAAUGUCAGCAACUUAAAGGAACUGGAUGAACAACUAUCACUUGCUGCGAAUUCCUGCGCCUGUAUAUUUUUCACCUCGUCGACAUGUGCACCGUGCAAAACAGCGUAUCCAACAUACGACGAACUCGCUGAAGAGGCUGGGGACAAAGCCGUCCUCGUGAAGGUUGACCUUAAUAUAGCCUUUGACGUUGCAGCAAGGUAUGCAGUGCGGGCAACACCGACUUUCAUGACAUUCCUCAAAGGGAAGAAGGAGCAUGAAUGGAGCGGGGCGAAUCCGGCGCAACUUAGGGGUAACAUUCGCCUGUUGAUACAAUCUGCGUUCCCUCCUCAUCCACAUACUGCGUUGCGUCUACCAAGUCUACAGAGGCCGGUUACCAAUUACGUCCUCUACACAAGGACGCCUCCGAUGGAAAAGUUACUUUCUAAGAUUGGAGCAUACCAGCAUGACCCUACGAUAACAAGCCUUGUCGACUUCAUCAAAACAAGAUCAACGUCAGAGCCAGCGGACACAGCUGUGCCAGAUCUUGCCUUUUUGGCCAGGUUCAUACAGUCAACGCUUCCUUCCACCCCCAAAGAGAGUCUUUUUGCCCUGGUCGACCUCAUUCGCAUUGCCUUUGUGGACCCCCGCGUAAGCAGUUUCUUCGCCGAGGAAGCCGGUCAACAGACACUCCUGACUCUUCUUUCCGCCUCUUCCGAUCUCGCAUCUUGCCCUUACAAUCUACGCAUUGUCAUGCUUCAACUGGCAUGCAAUUUUUUCACAUCACCAUUGUUGGCAGAGCAGAUGAUCACCAAGCAGGAUCUGCGUGAAACCUGCAUUCGAUUGCUGACAGGAUGCCUGCUGGACAGCCACACUAAUCUGCGUGUGGUCGCAGCAUCGUUUGCGCAUAACCUCGCGGCCUAUAACCAUAAUGAACGGUUUGCCGGCCGCCCGGAUAAACUGUCGGAGGAAGACCAAGUCGAAGUUGCGGCAUCCUUGGUUGAAGCCAUCGGCACUGAGGAGGAGAGCAUUGAGGCCCUGCAUGGGUUUCUGUUCGCGCUUGGCUUGUUGCUCUACGAGGCGCCUGUUGAUGGCGGGCUGAUGGAUCUCUGUCGGGCGAUGGGCAUCGCCGAGUCCAUCCAGGCCAAGAAAGACGUCGAGAAGCUGAAAAGGGAGCCUCUUUUGAAAGAAAUCGGCCAGGAGCUUUUGGUGAAUGGGCUGAAACGGUAG